CACACAGAUCGAUCCGAGAUAGAGAGAGGAGCUGAGCUGAGGUAGGCCGCCAUGGGUUUCAUCAUGGAGUUCGCGGAGAACCUGAUCCUGCGCCUGAUGGAGAACCCGGAGCAGCGGGACGAGGCGCAGCGGGCGCACGUCUACCGGAUGAAGGAGCGCUGCGAGCGCACCAAGGCCGCCUGGGCGCUCCCGCUCCGCCCCUACGGCUUCUGGACCUUCGAGCGCUUCAACUCCCAGCUCGCCUCCGACCCCCAGAUCAGCCAGGCCGCCGGCCGCCGCGACCCCUACGACGACCUCAUCACCCGCCACACCAGCCCCAACCCGCCCUCUUCGUCCUGA